AUGCCAAUUAUAAGCCAUGGGGGAGAAGAGUUUCAUCUUUCACAUGAAGAAGAAGAUAAGUUGAACCAUUUCCAAGCAGUGACAAAUUUUCCUGAAAAUGAGCUGUCACUAAUUAUUAAACUGCUAAAAAAUCAUAGUUGGCAACUAGAGCCUGCUAUUAGUAGGUAUUUUGACAGUGAAGCGUGGAAGGAUAAUUUAAACCAGAUUGAUACACCGCCUGUUCUAUCGAGUAGAGAAAUCUCAAGCACUCCUAGUGAUCGUGUGGCAAUUAAUCCCUCAAUGGUGGAUCAAGUGCGUAAUAAUCAUUUAGUUGCAAUACUGCCAGUCGUUCAUGCUUUACCGCACGACUAUAAGAACAGAUUCAAAGUUGUUGGGCUAAACAACACGACAACUUCUAAUGCAGGCCCUAGCUUACUCGUUCUUAUUCUAACAAUCAUUCCAAACACAAUCAUCAAGAUAAUCUCCUUCAUCUUUUCCUUCUUUGUUGGCUCAUCAUCGAAUAAAAGAAAUAACGUUAUAAGAGUGCCUCAAUUACCUAUUUCUGAAACUAAUUUUAUCGAUUUAUCCAAAAUUAUUAAGGAUAGUAAUAAGCUGACACAUGUGCAGCAGAUUCUGGCGAAUAACCGACUACCUUUCAAUGAGUGUCUUCGUAUAGCAAGGGAGGAAUUCAAAUUUUUACUGGUUGUUUUAAUCGGUGAAACAAAUGAUACUGAAGAGCCAGCAAAUAAUGAUAUCAACUCAAUCAAAUUUUUGACAGAGAUCAUUACUGAUAAUGGCGUUUUGAAGAUCCUUGACGAAUAUCAAGGUGAUUUGAUUGUUUACAUGGGAUGUGUCAAUGAACUGGAACCUUGGCUGGUUGCAAGAGAAUUACAUGUCAAAUAUACACCAGAACUUUUAUUACUCGGUAACGUUUUGAAUCGUAACGGUUCCAUCAACGGUGCAGUAAAGCUGUCAGUUUUGUCAAAAUUGAAAAUAUCGACAACUAAAAAGUUUCAAAAUUCAUUAAAGUUGACACUCGAAAGGUUUAGUCCAGAAUUAAUAGUAAGUAAGACAGAGAUGGAAGAACUGAAAAUUUCUAGACAGAUUAAACAGUUACAAGAAAAUGCAUUCAACGAAUCUUUGAGAAAAGAUAAAAUAAAAGAAGAACAACGUAAGUCUAAAGAAAAUGAACUGAAGUUACAACAAGAACUAAAGUUACAGGAGGAAAAAUUAAAGAAACGUAAAGAUACCGUAAAUAAUUUGAAAUGGUUAAAACUGUGUAUUGAUCUGCUGAAAAAUCAAGAGCCAGAGAAGCGUGAGGAUGUCAAACAUGCUACUUUACAAAUCAGAACUAGCAAUGGUGAGAGAAUAAUUAAAAAGUUUAGUAAGAAUACAACAUUACAUUCGAUCUAUUUAAAUGUUGGAUGCCACCUAUAUUUGAAAAACAAUCGUGUCGAUUCCGAGGAUUGGAGAAAUUCUAUUGUUCAAAAGAUCAAGGAACUAAUAAGUGAUGAAACAGUACUUUGCUUCAAAGAUUUGGAAGUUGUUGAAAAAGAGAUCGAUGAAAUGCCACUUUCUAAGAUUAUAGACAAAGAGUUGACUAAAUGGGAAAACGGCCCCUUGGAAAAUGAGGACGAAAUCUUUAUUAAUUUUGAGCUGGUAUCCCCAUUCCCAAGAUACAAAGUGCCACUUGAGAAAGACGUUAGAAUUAGUGAAGUCAAUCAGUUAUGGCCCAAUGGCAGCUUACUAGUAGAGGAUAUAGUUGAACUGGAAGAAAGCGACUCUGAAGAAGAAUGA